GUAAUUACGAAUGAUUCUAACGAGUAUCAAUUUUUUUUUUUAAUAUGUCAGACACUAGUUUUGAUGAUGCCCGGACGUUUGGCAGCGCAGUGGUUCGACUCUAAUCAAGUAUCGACGGCUACAUCGUUAAGCAUUUUCGGUAAUCAAAUGGGGGUAGCGAUAUGUUUCUUGCUCACACCGAUGAUUGUAAAAAAUCAUGAAAACUUAGACGAUAUCGGUGUUGGUCUGUCCCGUCUUUUUUGGCAUCAAGCUAUCUUGAUUACAAUUGUGUUUUUAUUCAUCGUAAUACUAUUUGAAGAUGAUCCGAAACUGCCACCGAGCGAAACACGAGCGAUGCAAAAACUGACUCAACUGGAGCUCGACGAAAGUGUUCUAGACUCAAUUAAGAAAUUGUGUAAAAACAAGCAAUUCCUAUUGCUCUGUAAUUCAUACGGUUUAGGGAUUGGAGUGGUAAACGUGACGGGAACGUUAUUAAAUCAAAUAUACGUUACACAUUUCGAGAAUGGUGAGGAAGACGCGGGUAGAAUCGGUUUAGCAAUGGUUCUCAUGGGAAUGUUGGGUUCCGUCAGUUUUGGAGUAAUUGUCGAUAAGACGCACAAAUACAAGUAAGAGAAAUGUUAAACUAUUUUCUUUUAUUUUUUUUUUGCUCUAUUGUUCAUCGAUUUUAUUAUAACGCCUUGAGAAACUGUCUUUCUCAAAGUAUUGAUUAAUAGAGAAUUCUGUCGAUUACGAAUUAGUAUAAAAAAUAUUUCAAUAAAUCAUUACUCAUCGUCUUCUACUCUAAACGUAUUCUACUGCUCUAAAAACUGGGGAGGAACUAGUUCGAUGGAUCGAUCGCACGAUAUGCAUACACUGUAUGUUUUGGACAGCAGUCAAUUUUUUCUCUCAUUCGCUUCGCAAACUUUUUUCUACUAUGUACACCGUGUCGUAUAAUGAAAUCUCCGGCACGUGUAUUUCCAGGGAAACUACCGUAAUCGUGUACUUCCUCGCGCUGUGCGGCCAGGUAUUCUUCUCGCUGUCCACGUACUUCGAAAUAAAAUGG